AUGUCUAAGAUGAAAUUUUUAACGGAUAUAUUUCUCUUUUGGAUAUUAUCGUUGAUAUAUUUUAUCUGCUCAUCUUUAGUUUUUAGGACUGAGGCAUUAAGCAAUUCCAGAGGUAAUAUCCCGCACUUAGAGUUGUUUAAAGGAAAUAAGCAAGGUCUAUUACGGCAGCACAGAAUGGUUGGGGAGUUUUUAGAAUGUACAUAUGUCGAACAUAUUGAUCCGACUUCACAAGAAGAAAACGGUGAAACUUAUUACCCAGGAACAGGGACUGAUAGAAGUAAGAGUAGGGUUGUUUCUUUGGAAUCAAUUGAUAUUUCUGGUAAAAUUAUUAAAACUUUAGAAUGUCAGAAGAAUCUCAUUAGAAAUUGGAUAGAAGAUAUCAAUAAAACUUUAAAAGGAAAUUUAUUUUCAGUAAUAGAAGUACGGGGAUGGAGAGCUAUGACAAGACCUCAAAGCUUAUAUGGAGAAGCGGACGAAAUUUUAACUAUUCUUGAGAAUAAAAAUUCCAGUCCUUUAAAUAAAGUUAAAGAAGCUGUGGAUGCAUUUGAUAAGUACGUCAUGGAACUUUACGAAGCCUACUCAGAGUUUAAGAAUUCUGAAGACAGACUUAAAGAUGCUCAGACUGAAGAGGAAAGACGAACUAGGGCGCAAGUUGCUGUUUUAAUUCUUGGUCAAAAGGAGAACAAGGCACUAGUCAAUUUCACAAGGAUAGUACGUAACAAUUCAGAUGACGCAAGAGAGUCAAAGAGACUUAUGGAGAGACUUUUUUCUUUGCUGUCAAGUGAAAGCUACAGUAACAACAUCCUUCAAGGUAUAGAGCUUGUACAGAUUUGCUUUUUCUUAUUAAAUGGUUUGAAUGUUCUAUCUGUAUUUGAAGAACAGAGACUAUCAAAUAAGUUUCGAAGAGAUAUGGAAAGAAGAAAUUUAACUUAUCAGUAUAAGAUUGAAGAUAAAACUCUAUCAAAGUACCCAAAAUUUUCAAACUCACCAAACUUUAAAAAGGUUACAGAUUUUCUGUUGAGUACUGUUAAGAAAUCAAUUACCACUGAAAAUGAAAAGAAGAUCAAAGAUGAAUUUAUUCAGAUAUUCGACAAAAUUGUUGAAGACUUUGGUAUCCGUUGUCCAUAUUUUCUUACUUCAAUCUUGAGAUCUGGAAGAGAUAAUUACUUUUUAAAAGGAGAAGAGAUGUUUGAUUACGACAUAGUAAAGAAUUGUCGUCUUGCAUGGAGUGAAAUAUCCUCCUAUUUGUAUAAGGAAGGUCAAAUUGUUCCUUCAGCAGCAAUUAGACAAGCAUUAAAGAAAGCUUUAAAUAAGCAUGUUAAGACUGUUUAUAUUUGGACUAGAAAUGCUAGUGGUUUGUUUAAAAAAAUUUUUGAUCAAUCUAGUUUUGAAAACUCAUUUGAUAUCAGUAAUGAAAAGAGGUUUAUAUCAACUUGUUCCGAAACUAUUAAUGGUGAAAUUGGACUGGACACUCCCCAUGCAGUUAGUUUGGACGAAAUUGCAAUUAUAUGUUUCAACUUCUUUAAUCUUUUAGAGUUCUACACAGAUCAAUAUAAUUAUGGCAAUCAGGAAAAAUUAGGAAAAGAUGGAAAAACCAUCCUGGCAACUAAGAGGUAUGUAAAUAUUAGCACUUUACCAUCAAAAAUUAAAGCAAAGUCGUUAGAUGUGGCUUUUUCUGAAACUCUGACCGGAAUUUUGGACUUUCCACCAUUUAAAUCUAACGAUCUUGAUCGAACAGUUAUAGGUAUCCUUACGGAAAAUUUUACUGAAACAUGCACUCAACGUAUAGAAACAGUGCUUGGUAAGUCAUCUAAGUAUAGAAUAAGUAAUCCUCAAAUUAUAUGCGAAGAAGCCAGAAUCAUUCUUAAGGAUUAUAAUAUAAUUUCUCAAAAACCUGAAAAAGUAGAGGGAACGAUGGACAUUUUUGAGCAAUUUAAUAUUUUGGAUACAUCUCUUAUAACAGAAACUACAAAAAGUGAAUCUGAAAACUUAGAUGCUGUUGGACAUCUAAAACUUCUCCAAAGUAAGCUUGGUAGCUUACAGCCAAAGUCUCAGCGAAAUCAAAGUAAAGAUACGGGAAUUUCUCCAAUAAAAGAGUUGGAUCCUAUAAAAGCAUAUAAUUUAGUACGUAAAAUGCACUUAGAUUGGAUGGAGCAAAUGAGAAAUGAUCCAAGAUAUAAAGGAUUUACGGAUUUAGAGCUGAAAAAUAAUUCUCCUUGGAGUAAACAAAUGAGGCUUUGGCAUGAUUUAAUAGUUCCAGAAUUGCCCGAAGUUAGAUAUGCAGCAUCUUAUCUCAAUGACAGGCCUUCUAGGUUUCCACUGAUUUCUGGAGAUAAAAGAGGAAAACAUAAGAAAAUCACACCUUUGGAAGAAUUAAUAAAUGAAGAUCUCGAUCCAAGAUAUAGAGCUAGGUAUUCAUUAGUUGAAAAUGGCCCAUUUGAUGAACAAGAAUUUUAUUACGAUGACCAAUAUGACGAUGUUGAUGGAGAUUCUAUAGCUACUGAAUUAGCUCAAACUAAGGAAUAUUACAUUAAAACUCAAGAUGGAAGCUACAUAAAGAACAAAAAAGGAAGUUAUAUUAAAGAAAAAGAUGGAAAAUAUACCCAAAUUAAUAAAGGAGAUUAUUUGAAAAAAGGAAGAAGCUACAUUAAAAACAGAGAUUUCGGGUAUCAUGCCGAAGAACUCGACCAUUUUAAUCCCUCAGGUGCAGAUCGAUAUGGGGAACAAAUUAUAGCACAAAAAGUAAAGCCAAAUAAAAAAUAUUUUGGUAGCCUACAUAAUUUAGGAAAAGAUCAUUUUCCCAACAGUUUAUAUGCUGGUAAUGGGUGCAAAAAUGAAGAAUUACCUUUACUCUGGGGCCAAAGAGCAACCAUUCUACACAAAAAUAUGAUUAAAAAUUUCAAAGAGGUCAAAUAUAGAGGAAAAUAUGGGCCGGGACAUUUUAUAUCUAUGGAUGACAUAUGUUAUAUCUUUGAAAGAGAUUUUAAGGUAAAAAGGAACUAUUUCGAGGACAUUUCCAAGGUUAAUUUAUUAGAUUGUCAAAAUUGGUUCACAAAAUACCUUUCGAAGCUCUGGCCACCAUUUAGCAUGGAAAGUCUUAAAACCGAUGUAAAAACCUUAUGCUGGGAUUCUGGAUUUAGAAGUUGGUUGUAG